GCGCGGCCCCGAAGCUUCUCCGGGCUACAGCGGUGCGGGCGCUCUCCCUUCCACCGCUGCUGAGCGUAGCUUUCCCGCUACCUGCGGAGGCGGUAGGUCGGCCGCGGCCUCACGGGCUCUCUGUCUCUGUCACUGCUCGCUGGCAGCAGGCCUGGCCGCUCCCACGAGGAGCGAGCUUCUCCUCAGGGCCAUGUCCAGGCCGAGCAGCGUCUCGCCGCGGCCGCCGGCUCCUGGCGGAGGCGGCACCGGAGGCGGCGGCGGCCCCGCUUCGUGUGGUCCUGGAGGCGGUGGCCGGGCCAAGGGGCUCAAAGACAUUCGUAUCGACGAGGAGGUGAAGAUCGCUGUCAACAUCGCUCUGGAGCGCUUCCGAUAUGGUGACCAGCGAGAAAUGGAAUUUCCUUCUUCUUUGACCAGUACGGAAAGAGCCUUUAUUCACCGGCUGAGUCAGUCUCUUGGUUUAGUUUCUAAAAGUAAAGGAAAGGGAGCAAAUAGAUACCUAACUGUGAAGAAGAAAGAUGGAUCAGAAACAGCUCAUGCAAUGAUGACCUGUAAUUUGACUCAUAAUACAAAACAUGCUGUUAGGAGCCUAAUUCAGAGAUUUCCUGUCACCAAUAAAGAACGUACUGAACUUCUGCCUAAAACAGAAAGAGGAAAUGUGUUUGCAGUUGAAGCUGAAAACCGAGAAAUGAGCAAGACCAGUGGGCGACUCAACAAUGGUAUACCUCAAGUUCCUGUGAAAAGGGGAGAAUCUGAAUUUGACUCAUUCAGGCAGUCUUUACCAGUUUUUGAGAAACAAGAAGAAAUUGUUAAAAUAAUUAAGGAAAAUAAAGUAGUUUUGAUUGUAGGAGAAACUGGAUCUGGAAAGACCACACAGAUUCCUCAGUUCCUGUUAGAUGAUUGCUUUAAAAAUGGCAUCCCCUGCCGAAUAUUUUGUACUCAGCCAAGACGAUUAGCAGCUAUUGCUGUGGCUGAAAGAGUGGCUGCAGAGCGAAGGGAAAGGAUUGGUCAAACGAUUGGUUACCAGAUUCGAUUAGAAAGCAGGGUUUCUCCAAAGACACUUCUGACGUUUUGCACUAAUGGGGUAUUGCUUCGUACGUUGAUGGCAGGCGAUAGCACAUUGUCAACUGUGACCCAUGUUAUUGUGGAUGAAGUACACGAAAGGGAUCGAUUCAGUGAUUUUUUACUUACAAAGUUAAGAGAUUUGUUGCAGAAGCACCCAACUUUGAAACUAAUUCUUUCUAGUGCGGCCUUGGAUGUAAAUCUCUUCAUAAGAUAUUUUGGAAGUUGUCCAGUGAUAUAUAUACAAGGAAGACCAUUUGAAGUAAAAGAAAUGUUUCUGGAAGAUAUUUUAAAAACCACUGGAUAUACCAACAAAGAAAUGUUAAAGUACAAAAAGGAAAAGCAAAGAGAGGAGAAACAACAGACCACACUCAUAGAAUGGUACUCAGCUCAAGAGAAUACUUUCAAGCCUGAAUCUCAGAGGCAGAGAGCUGUUGCAAGUGUGUCUGAGGAUUAUGAUUUAUUGGAUGAUGGCGGUGAUGCUGUCUUCAGUCAGCUGACAGAAAAAGAUGUGAAUUGCCUUGAACCAUGGUUAAUUAAGGAAAUGGACGCUUGCCUUUCUGACAUAUGGCUUCAUAAGGAUGUUGAUGCUUUUGCUCAGGUCUUUCAUCUUAUUUUAACUGAAAAUGUUAGUGUUGAUUACAGGCAUAGUGACACCAGUGCAACAGCUCUGAUGGUUGCUGCAGGACGGGGUUUUACAAGCCAAGUAGAGCAGUUAAUUAGUAUGGGAGCCAAUGUCCACAAUAAAGCAUCCAAUGGCUGGAUGGCUUUAGAUUGGGCUAAGCACUUUGGACAGACUGAAAUUGUGGAUCUUCUAGAAUCUUACAGCGCUUCAUUGGAAUUUGGAAAUCUAGAUGAAAGUUCUUUGGUUCAAACGAAUGGAAAUGACCUCAGUGCUGAAGAAAGAGAGCUGCUGAAAGCUUAUCAUCAUAGUUUUGAUGAUGAGAAAGUAGACUUGGAUUUGAUCAUGCAUCUUCUAUACAAUAUCUGCCACAGUUGUGAUGCCGGUGCAAUAUUAAUUUUUCUACCCGGAUAUGAUGAAAUUGUUGGUUUGAGGGAUCGGAUCCUUUUCGAUGACAAGCGAUUUGCUGACAAUACACAUAGAUAUCAAGUCUUUAUGCUUCAUUCAAAUAUGCAGACAUCUGAUCAAAAGAAGGUAUUAAAAAAUCCACCUGCAGGUGUCCGAAAAAUUAUCCUUUCCACCAAUAUUGCUGAAACAAGCAUCACUGUCAAUGAUGUUGUCUUUGUUAUCGAUUCUGGGAAGGUGAAGGAGAAAUCCUUUGAUGCACUGAAUUUUGUCACAAUGUUAAAAAUGGUAUGGAUUUCCAAAGCUAGUGCCAUACAGCGCAAAGGCAGAGCGGGACGAUGUAGACCUGGAAUUUGUUUCCGUCUGUUUAGUAGACUCCGAUUUCAGAACAUGCUGGAAUUUCAGACUCCAGAGCUCUUGAGGAUGCCGUUGCAGGAACUUUGUCUACAUACCAAGCUGUUAGCCCCAGUUAAUUGUACCAUUGCUGACUUCCUUAUGAAAGCUCCUGAACCACCUCCAGCUUUAAUUGUAAGAAACGCUGUUCAGAUGCUUAAGACAAUAGAUGCAAUGGAUGCAUGGGAAGACCUGACUGAACUUGGGUAUCAUUUGGCUGAUUUGCCAGUAGAGCCACAUCUUGGUAAAAUGGUCCUGUGUGCUGUUGUUUUAAAGUGCCUGGAUCCCAUUCUCACAAUCGCUUGCACACUAGCUUAUCGCGACCCUUUUGUACUGCCAACCCAGGCCUCUCAGAAACGUGCAGCCAUGCUUUGUAGGAAGCGCUUCACUGCAGGGACUUUCAGUGACCACAUGGCCCUUCUCAGAGCAUUCCAGGCAUGGCAGAAAGCGCGAAGUGAUGGGUGGGAGAGAGCCUUUUGUGAAAAGAAUUUUCUUUCACAGGCUACCAUGGAAAUCAUUAUAGGCAUGAGAACACAGUUGCUUGGUCAGCUUCGCGCAUCAGGUUUUGUUAGAGCACGAGGUGGUGGUGACAUUCGAGAUGUUAACACAAACUCCGAAAACUGGGCUGUUGUUAAAGCUGCAUUGGUAGCAGGCAUGUAUCCUAAUUUAGUCCAUGUGGACAGAGAGAAUAUAGUAUUGACAGGGCCAAAGGAAAAAAAAGUACGAUUUCAUCCUACUUCAGUUCUCAGUCAGCCUCAAUAUAAAAAGAUCCCUCCAGCCAAUGGUCAGGCUGCAGCAAUUCAGGCAUUGCCCACGGAUUGGCUUAUUUAUGAUGAAAUGACCAGAGCUCAUAGAAUUGCGAAUAUCAGAUGCUGUUCAGCAGUGACACCUGUAACUGUCCUGGUGUUCUGUGGACCAGCAAGACUGGCAAGUAAUGCUCUUCAGGAACCUUCUUCCUUUAGAGCGGAUGGCAUCCCCAAUGAUAGUAGUGACAGUGAAAUGGAGGACAGAACUACUGCUAAUUUGGCUGCUUUGAAACUUGAUGAGUGGCUUAAUUUCAAACUAGAGCCAGAGGCUGCCAGUUUAUUGCUGCAGCUCAGACAGAAGUGGCAUAGCUUGUUUUUACGCCGAAUGAGAGCUCCAUCUAAACCCUGGUCUCAAGUCGAUGAAGCUACCAUACGAGCAAUUAUAGCUGUUUUAAGCACUGAAGAACAAUCUGCAGGUUUACAGCAACCAUCUGGAAUUGGCCAGAGGCCAAGACCCAUGUCUUCAGAAGAACUUCCUUUGGCUUCAUCUUGGAGAUCCAAUAAUAGUAGGAAAAGUUCAGCUGACACUGAGUUUGCUGAUGGAUCUACCACGGCAGAAAGAGUACUGAUGAAAUCUCCAUCUCCAGCCUUACAUCCACCUCAGAAAUACAAAGAUAGAGGAAUUUUACAUCCUAAACGGAGCACUGAUGACCGAUCGGAUCAAUCAUCUGUGAAAUCCACAGACAGCAGCAGUUACCCAAGUCCUUGUGCUAGUCCGUCUCCUCCAUCCUCAGGGAAGGGCUCGAAGUCUCCUUCACCAAGACCAAACAUGCCUAUUCGUUACUUCAUAAUGAAGAGUAGCAAUUUGAGAAACCUUGAAAUUUCUCAACAGAAGGGUAUCUGGUCCACAACUCCUAGUAAUGAGCGGAAGCUAAAUCGAGCAUUUUGGGAAAGCAGCAUGGUUUACUUGGUAUUUUCUGUUCAAGGAUCUGGACAUUUCCAGGGAUUUUCUAGGAUGUCUUCUGAGAUAGGAAGGGAGAAGAGCCAGGACUGGGGGUCAGCUGGACUAGGGGGAGUGUUUAAAGUGGAGUGGAUACGCAAAGAAAGCCUGCCCUUCCAGUUUGCACACCAUUUACUCAAUCCUUGGAAUGACAACAAAAAAGUACAGAUAAGCAGAGAUGGGCAGGAACUAGAACCUCAGGUUGGUGAACAGUUGCUCCAAUUGUGGGAACGUCUUCCAUUGGGAGAAAAGACUACAGCUGAUUGACAUUCAGAACUCCUGGUUGUGAAAGAGCAUUAUGCCUGUUGUAACUACUGAGGACACUGACUUUCUGAAAACCUUGAUGAGGUUUUGUAGCUGAGAGUGUUACUACAAAAUCAUCAUCUUCAUAUGGAGGAAAAUAAAAUCUAAAUUUGAAAUGAUUGUAUAAUCAUUUUAGGGAACAAUUAUAUAAUGAUUGUUAACUGUAUAUUUCUGAUGAAAAAAUUAGCAAUUUUGGUAUUUGAUACAAUAGCGCUUACUUUAAUUUAAUUUGAAUGUAGGUAUUUCUUUAAAACAUUCAAUUGAUAACUGUUGAUGCCAAACUCAUUUUUUUUUUUUCCUAACAAGGUUUCUCUAUAUAGCUUCAACUGUCCUGGAACUAGUUCUGUAGUGUAGGCUGGCCUGGAACUCACAGAGAUCUGCCUGCCUCUGCUUCCCAAGUGCUGGGAUUAAAGGCAUGAGCCACCGUCACCCACAAUGCCAAACUUUGAUUGUUGACUGUUUAAUUCAGGAAAGGCAUAAAUAUAUCAGUACAUCCAUUACAUCUAAGUACCAUUCUAGAAGAGUCAGAGCUUAUGUUUAUCACUAAAACACAACCAAUACACUAAAAAUUUAAAUUAUCUCUUAUAGAACUAGUGAAUAAGAGCUAUUCAUUCCAUUACUUUUAACCUGAGAUAUAGUAAAGAAGACAGAAGAAUGCUACUUUUCUCUGAUUAUAGGAUGAGGUAAAAUCUAAAGAAAGGUAUUUUCUCUCUACCUUUCAUCACAUCAGUGCUUAAUUUUAUUCCUUUAUUCCAUAAGUUUAUUUUAAACUUAUGUACAAUAUGCCCAUUCUUUUUUUUUUUUUCUUCCCAUGAGGCAACCUUCACAUAACUAUUACUAUUAUGGCCUUUUUGUUUUGCUACAGAAAACCAAUUUAGAAUAUCUAAAAUUUAUGGAAAUUCAUAUAAGUUUUUUAAAAUGCUCAGCAGUUAUUGAUAGCUUGAUUACUGUAUAUCUUUGAAACUAAACCUCACAAGAACCACAAUUCUUUAUGUCUUUUUCCAUUUCUUCAAUCUUUUUCUCUCACUUGUUUUAUAUAAAUGGGGCAUUUAUUUUUCUAAGUCUGGGCCAAUGCAAAAUCUCAUGUUUCUUUGUCAUCUCAGAGUUACUUUGAUGUCUUUUCACCACUCAUGUGAAGGGUUUCCCUAGAGACUUUUGAAGAAAGAGAAGACAAGCAGGACAAAACAAGAGACAUGUCUUUGUUACAGAGUUCUAAACAGAGCAGGCUUGGUAGUACUUUUCAUAGCAAUUGAGUCAUUGUUAUAAAAUGUAUUUAAAGAUGAAAAGAAAACAAAUGUCUGGAUCUAGAUUUGAGAGCAAAGAUGUGAAAAAUCAUGGAUCGGCAUGAAGUCUUGUGAACUCUACUACUCUAUCUGAGAAAACAUACUGAUACAUUGUUUUAAGAUACCAGCUGUGACUUUUGCCUGUAUUAGAAAUUGUGUUAUAUAUAUAUAUAUAUAUAUAUAUAUAUAUAAAUAUAUGAUAUGUGAAUGCACACAUGUGCACACACAUAUACACACACAUACACACUUUCCCACUCACACACUUUGAAACAUACCUGUAAGCUGAGCCAAGGUGAAUUAUGCUCCAUUGGAUGUGUACAUUUUUUUUUUCUAUUCAAGAAACUUAAUAGUUUUCCUGAUAAUGUAUACUUUUUUUAGGUGUAUAUGUAAACGUUUUCAGUCAGGACUCUAAACUUGUUUAAAUGUUCAUCUGUUUUGUAAUAUCUAGCCUUGUAAAUAAAUGAUGGGUUUGUUGGUAGAGUGAGUAUACAUGCAAAUUAAUGUAAUUAAAAUACUGUCUUUUGAAGAAAUGAAUUUUAAAUAUACUUGUUAAAUUAAAUCCUAUAAAGUUAUUCAAAUUUUGUUUACCAUAUCCUUCCUCCCUUCCUUGUAACAUUAUAAAUCUCUUAUAAGCACA